AUGCCUAAGGUACCACCGAAGGACACCCGCCCAGUUAUCCCACUUCCACGGGGUGAGGAUGACGAGACGGUCCGCCUGAUCAAAGAGAAACUCCCGACCCCGCUGGGCCAUCUGGCUGGAUUUUUCUCGAAGAAGGAGUCUAACCAGUUGCCUCCUCUCCGCGGCCCAGGGAGGGACAUGAAGAUCUACCUGACCAAGCCAUUGCCAGAGCGUUCGAGAGGUGUCUACCGCAACCCACAUCAUCUAGACGAACUACUCCGAAAGACGAUUCAAGAUUACCUGGACAAGGGUUUCAUCGAGAGCUGCUGGCCUGGAUUUGCCUCACCAGCCUUCUUUGUGCCCAAGGGUGACAUGGGCAUGGAUUGA